CUUGCGGUGACUUUCUCGGUCACUAAGCCAGAGCCGCUCGCAGUGACUCUCGCUGUCAUGUCUGGUCGCGGCAAGCAAGGGGGCAAGGCCCGCGCCAAGGCCAAGUCGCGGUCUUCUCGCGCUGGUCUUCAGUUCCCUGUGGGCCGAGUGCACCGCUUGCUCCGCAAAGGCAAUUAUGCCGAGCGGGUGGGGGCUGGCGCUCCCGUCUACAUGGCGGCGGUCCUCGAGUAUCUGACCGCGGAAAUCCUGGAGCUGGCGGGUAACGCGGCGCGGGACAACAAGAAGACGCGCAUCAUUCCUCGUCAUCUUCAGCUGGCCAUCCGUAACGACGAGGAGCUGAACAAGCUGCUAGGCAAAGUCACCAUCGCUCAGGGCGGCGUCUUGCCUAACAUCCAGGCCGUAUUGCUCCCGAAGAAGACGGAGAGCCACCAUAAGGCAAAGGGCAAGUGAGGACGGCACGGUGCCUGGAAGCCCGCCCAGCAGUCCCCGUCUCGAAGAGGGGCGCCUGUGAAAUCAAAAGGCUCUUUUCAGAGCCACCCACCCUUUCAAAUAAAGAGUUGUUAACAAUAA